ACCCAUAUCCUUCUACCCUCAAUGUGUCAAACUUUGUUUUCCUAAGACUUACUCCCACCAACUAUCUAUUAUGGAGGACUCAAAUGGCCGCCUUAAUUGAAAGUCAAGACAUGCAGGGAUUCCUAGAUGGAGAGUAUGUCAUGCCGGUAGCCAAAAUCACCCCAACUGGUAGCAUUAAUGCUGAGGGACCUAAGAGGACCAAUGGAAACCAAAACAAGAGGAAAGGAAAUGGCUUCAACAAAUUCAACUCAAAAGGAAAAGGUUUCUUUCAAGGCAAUGGAACUAACAGCACUUAUAAUAGUGCUAGUGCAAACUACUUUUCUCAUGCAGCCAUUCCCGAUUCUGCUGUUCUCUUCCCGCUGCAGCCACCCGAAGAAAAAAAAAGGGGAACCAGCCAUGCUUUGAGAAACCGGAAGCUUCCGGAUCUGCUUUGUCCUUCCUCCCCUGUCCGCCGGCUGCUCUUGCUUGUGGGGUGUGAUUUGCUCCGGUUUUGGAUCCGUGAGUUUCUCCCCUGCACUUGCCGCCGGCUUCUCCCCCAGCCAAGCUCGGUUUUGCUUGCUAAUUUCUGUAGAGUUACUGUUCACGGUGGGGUCACUGUUCACCGGCACUGGUCACCGUUACUGUUCACACCCCAAGGGCUAAUAUUUAACGGGAAUUUAAAUGAUUAGUUUGUGAUAUGAGAACGAAUUUGGAAAUAUUUGAUCGUGUGGAGAUUUAUGGAAAUAACAUUGUGAUUAGGAAUGAUCCUAAUGAAGUGUUCAGUGUGAAUUUGUGAUAGUCCGAUAUUAAUUCUGAGGUAUUUUGAUUAGGUUCCCGAUUGUUCUGUCAGUUAGUACGUAAAUUGAGUGCUCGAUUUUGCGGAGUGAGGUAAGUAAAUUUAUGGUAAUGCCCAUACUGUUUUAAAAGCAUGUUUUGAUUUGUUUUUGAAGUGGUGGCAGGACUAAACCCGUUUUACACAAGUAUGACUGAUUUGAAGUUCUGAAUUUUUAUGCUUUUCAUGAAAUUGAGCAUGCCUACUUGGAAUCUAAUUGAUUGUCCCAAUGAUUUGAAAGUGAUUAGUGAAUUAUGAAUUUUCUGUUAACUUCUGCCUGUUUGUCUCCGAUACGGUCAUGUUAUCCUGUUGCCCACUAGUGGGAGGUCAAACGCUAGCACAUGUCGACAUGUUCCUGAUAGAACCGGUUCAUUCUUGUAAUCCUGCUAGUGGGAGUUAAACACUAGCAAUUCCUGUUGCCUGCCAGUGGGAGGUUUAAACACUGGCCAUGACCUAUAGAGGAGACGUCUAUUUCGUUCCCGUACCGUAUCUGUUUUCGUGAUUGUACUUGUUGGCAUGCUAUAAGUUUAAUAAGGGCACUCCAUAUUUACUUACUGAGUUUAUCUCAUAGUUUUUCCUUAUCCACCAUUUCAGGAAGUGAAAUCGAGGACGGGAAAACCACGGGAAGUGACGAGUUAGAAGGCUAGCCAUAUCGUAAUUGGAUAUAAAUUUUAGAUAUGAAUCAUGAUCUUGUAUUUGGAG